AUGACAAGAGCUCAUGGCAUCGACCUGGCCUCCAAAUUUGAUCAAGCAUCUGUGGGACAUACUGUCUCCUUCAAGAACUCACGUCUGAAUGGCAGUGCUGAAAUCAGCAUUAAGAGACCUCUUCUGACUGUUGCUACGUCAAGGCAGACAAAGCAGGCUCAGUCACCCUCCUUUGGAUCUGACUAUGGCUCUACCCUGGAGUGGGUGACCUGGAACAACUCUCUCCCAAAUAAUUCAGUUUCAAUUUACAAUGAUUACACUGAUCGCAUCGAUUAUGUCUGUAAAUACAAGUGUGAGGCUGGCUUUUAUACCCCCAGCAAGGGUCCUUAUUGCCACUAUGCCAACACAAAAAAAGCACUUUCUGGUUUCCCGUUUGAGAUCCUGGUGAACAAAAACAUGUUUGAGGUCCUGGAGUGGAAGACGGAUUCAUACGGUUCAGUGCCCCAGAGUGCAGUCAGAACAUGCCCUGGGGAGGACAUAUAUGUAGGGAUGAACGAAUAUGGACUUGGCAAGGUUGAUACUAAACAUAAAGUUUUCUAUCUUCCCUGGAAGGAUGAUGAAUAUUGGUACCACGACUACCAGGUCCUGACCACUGAUGAGAAUAUAAUCAGCCAGCUGAUUUAUGAUGUCAGGUACAGCACUGAUGAGCUGGAAAUCUUCCACUAUCCUCCAGAGAUCAUGCAGAAAUCAGCCAUCAGCAACUACGAAUGCCACUCAGUGCUGAAAACAGAUACCCUCUCAAAGACAUACGAGACGAAGCACAGGUGGGACUUUACCUUUUCUAUCCAAGUUGGUGUGACAGUGACCUUUGAUGUCAGCAUCCCCUUCAUCGCCUCUGAAGGUAUUCAGUUCAGCUCCGCGGUUACGUUUCAGUACUCCAGGGGAAACACAGUGGUCAAUACCAUCACUGAUACUGUUUCUGUGGAGAUCACAGCCCCGCCAAACCACUCCUGCAUGGUUAACAUGGUGCAGUACAAGUACAGAGUUCAAAUCCCGUUCACGGCACAACUCAGACGCACAUACGCUAACGGGGAGAUCCGCACAAUAUUCAUCACUGGGCUGUAUGACGGCGUUCAGACUGGAGAAGUCCGGACCGCGGUGGACCGAUGUGAACCUCUAGAAAACCCCAAGCCUUGCUCAUGA